GAUUUAAUGGAAGUCGUUCACCGGCCGAGGCCGGGCCAGCCCAAACCGAUCACGGCGAUCGCCACCCGAACGUUCUCUCAGCCUUCGCCUGAGGCAGAGAAGACAAGAUGCUCUUUUCCUCUGCUUCAUCGGCCUUUCCCCCUUCCGUUGCUUUAUGCCGAGUUCGAUAUCGCGGCGGAGGAGGCGCCGCCUCCGCCACAUGUUCCCCCCUUUCAUCAGCUGAUCUCCCACUGCGCCAUAUCCCCGGCGACUACGGCCUCCCCUUCCUGGGUCCGCUCUGCGACCGCCUCGCCUACUUCUACUUCGAGGGCCGCGACCAGUUCUUCCGCUCCCGCAUCCGCCGCUACGGCUCCACCGUCUUCCGCGUCAACCUUCCCCCCGGCCCCUUCGUCGCUCCUGACCCCCGCGUCGUCGCGCUCCUCGACGCCGCCAGCCUCCCCGUCCUCUUCGAUGCCUCCCUCGUCGAUAAACGCGACCUCUUCACCGGCAACUUCCUGCCCUCGACCGACCUCACCGGCAGCUUCCGCGUCCUCUCCUACCUCGACCCUGCCGAGCCCAACCACGCGCCGCUAAAGCGCCUCCUCUUCUUCCUCCUCGCUUCCCGCCGCCACGCUCUUGUCCUCGAGUUCCGGCGCGCCUACGGGGCCCUGUUUGAUGCGAUGGAGGUGGGGAUCGCCAAGGAAGGCAAAGCUGACUUCGGCGCCGCCAACGAUCGAGCGGCGUUCGAUUUCCUCUCCCAGUGCCUCUUCGGCGUGGAUCCGGCCAGAUCCAGCUUGGUGCUCGAUGGUCCUCGGUUGAUCAACAAGUGGCUUCUGUUCCAGAUCGGGCCUCUGCUCAAGCUUGGCCUCCCGGCCUACCUCGAGGAUUUCCUCCUCCACUCCUUCCGCCUCCCGCCGGCUCUGGUCCGCGCCGACUACACUCGGCUCGUGGAGUUCUUCCGAGACUCGGCCGGGCCGGCGUUGGACGAGGCGAAGCGGUUCGGAGUCUCCCGGGACGAGGCGCUCCACAACGUUCUGUUUGCCGUCUGCUUCAACGGCUUCGGCGGCAUCAAGUUUCUCUUCCCCAGCAUCAUCAAGUGGCUCGGCCGGUCGGGAGCGCGCCUCCACGGGCGUAUCGCGGAGGAAGUCCGGUCGGCGGUGCGGGACGCCGGCGGAAAGGUAACAUUCCGGUCGCUAGAGUCGGCGAUGCCGCUGGUGCGGUCGGUGGUGUACGAGGUGCUGCGGAUGGAGCCGCCGGUGCCGUUGCAGUACGGGCGGGCGAAGCGGGACAUGGAAGUGGCGAGCCACGACGCGCGGUUCCCGGUGCGGGCGGGCGAGGUGCUGGUGGGGUACCAGCCGUUGGCGACGCGGGACCCGCGUGUGUUCGAGCGGGCGGAGGAGUUCGUGGCGGAGAGAUUCAUGGGGGCGGAGGGGGAAGCGCUCCUGCGGCACGUCGUCUGGUCGAACGGACCGGAGACAGAGACGUCGACGGCGGAGAACAAGCAGUGCGCAGGGAAGGAGUUCGUGGUGACGGUGGCCCGGCUGCUGGUGGCGGAGCUGUUCCUGCGCUACGAUUCUUUCGAGAUAGAGGUGGGGCCUUCGCCGGUAGCCGCCGCGGUGAGGCUCACUUCGCUCAAAAGAGCCACAUUUUGAGGCCCAGAACCAACAUGAGACUGGGUUUCUUGAUUUUAUAUUUAUAUUAUAUUAUAUUAUAUUAUUCCAAUAAUGGUGUUUUUUUCCCUUUAAAUUUAGGGGCACUAGUAGUGGAUUAUAAUUGGAGUUUAGACCAUCUCCAAUCCACAUCACUAAAUUUGGUAUAAUUUUCACAUCAAGAUGAUGUAAUUUCAACAUCAAAUACUAUUUCAACUCCAACUCAUGUUAUCAUA